AUGUCAGAUACUCUUCAGUCACAGCCACCACCCACAAAUGUGUUCAAGUUAUCCUUUCCCCAGCCGAAAGUCCUACUGGUGACGAUCGACCGUGAGAAACAACGAAAUUCAUUGCCCGCCGAGGCUCAUUGGGAGGGUCAUAGCUUAUUCUCCUGGUUUGACGAUGAACCCAGUUUGCUGGUGGCUAUAGUCACUGGAGCCGGCGACAAAGCAUUCUGUGCCGGCCAGGAUUUGACCGAACAGGCUUCUUCUCGCCUGGGUCCCAAGACUCCGGCCCAAGUCGCAGUGAUGAACCAUCCGCCGUCAGGGUUCAUGGGAUUGAGCCAGCGCAGAGGUAGAAAACCAGUGAUCGCCGCUGUAAAUGGGUUUGCACUAGGGGGAGGCUUCGAGAUCUGCUUGAAUUGUGAUAUCGUAGUCGCCUCCCCCAAGGCUGUAUUUGGACUUCCCGAGGUUGCAGUGGGACUAUAUGCUGCAGCCGGAGGACUGCCUAGGUUGAUGCGGAUUGUUGGUCUGCAACUCGCAUCGGAGAUUGCUAUGACCGGCCGCAAAUUGACAGCCCAAGAAGCCCUGGACUAUCGGCUUAUCAACCGAAUUUCUCAGAGCCCACAAUCGGUGGUUGAUGAAUGUCUCGUCCUAGCGAGCCAGAUUACAAGUUUCUCUCCUGACGGUAUCAUCGUUACACGCCAGGGAUUGCGCGAGGCAUGGGACAAUCCCAGCGUCGAGCACGCCACUGCACGAAUUCGUCAUGAAUAUGUGAACCGCCUGGUUGCGGGUGAGAAUUUCAAGAUUGGAGUUGAGGCUUUUGCCAACAAGACAAAGCCCAAAUGGGGCCCUUCUCGUCUAUGA